AUGCCCGGCAUACAGGAGUACCUCCAGCAGCCCCUGCUCAGCGGCCUGCGGGACAAGGCCUCCUACGUGCGGAGAGCGGCCGUGCUGGGCUGCGCCAAGAUGCUGAAGCUGCAGGGGGACUCCGAAGUGGAUGGUGCAUUGGUGAAUGAACUGUACAGUUUGCUUCGUGACCAGGAUCCUAUUGUAGUUGUGAAUUGUCUGAGGGCCUUAGAAGAGAUCUUGAAGAAGGAGGGAGGAGUUGUCAUCAACAAACCCAUUGCCCAUCAUCUCCUCAACAGGAUGGCUGAUCUGGAUCAGUGGGGGCAAAGUGAGGUGCUUACCUUCCUUCUGCGUUACAGACCCCGCAGUGAGGAGGAACUCUUCGACAUACUCAAUUUACUGGAUGGCUAUCUCAAAAGCAGCAGCCCCAGUGUUGUGAUGGCAGGCACCAAGCUUUUCCUAGUGCUGGCCAGGGAGUACCCACAUGUGCAGGCAGAUGUUUUGGUGAGAGUGAAGGGACCACUGCUGUCUGCCUGCACCUCUGAGAGCAGGGAGCUCUGCUUCACUGCACUGUGCCACGUGCGUCAGAUCCUUGGUAGCCUUCCUGGCCAUUUUAGCAGCCACUACAAAAAGUUCUUCUGUUCGUAUUCAGAGCCCCACUACAUUAAAUGCCAGAAGAUGGAGGUGUUGUGUGAGCUGGUGAAUGAUGAGAACGUACAGCAAGUGCUGGAGGAGCUGAAGGGCUAUUGCACUGAUGUAUCAGUAGAGCUUGCCCAAGGGGCGAUCUUCGCCAUAGGCAAUAUUGCGAGAACAUACACAGAACAGUGCGUGGGGAUUCUGACGGAACUCCUGGGGCUUCAACAGGAACAUAUCACUUCAGCGGUAGUACAGGCUUUUCGGGACCUGGUUUGGCUGUGUCCCCAGUGCACAGAUGCAGUGUGUCGGGCACUGCCCAGCUGUGAGGACACCAUUCAGGACAGUGAGGGCAAGCAAGCGCUGAUCUGGCUCCUGGGUGCACAUGGUGAGAAAGUACCGAAUGCCCCCUAUGUUUUAGAGGACUUUGUGGAGAACGUGAAAUCGGAGAUGUUUCCAGCAGUGAAGAUGGAGCUUCUGACAGCAUUGGUGCGACUUUUCCUGUCUCGUCCUGCUGAGUGUCAGGACAUGCUAGGGAGACUGCUCUAUUACUGCAUAGAGGAGGAGAUGGAUAUGGCAGUACGAGACCGUGGAUUGUUCUACUAUCGCCUUUUGCAGUCUGGUGUGGAAGAAGUGAAACGGGUCUUGUGUAGUCCCAAGUCUGACCCCUCUCUGGGGCUCCUGGAAGACCAAACUGAGCGACCCGUGAAUACAUGGGCUUCAGAGUUUAAUACUCUUGCACCAGUUUACGGCAGAGAACGUUGGGCACUUGUAACUGCUCACCAGCCAGCGGAACCCUCUUACACUUGUUCUCCUCAUACUGACUCCAGGAACAGAGACACAGAGUCGCUGAUUUCUGAAGGGAAUAAAGUCCUCAAGGUUCAUCCCAAUACAGGCAGCCUGACCUUAAUUCCUGAUGUUUACCUGACUGCAGAACAGUUUGAGAAGACUUGGCUGAGCCUGGACAUGAGCUGCCGCCUCUUUCUGCCCUGGUGUGGGACUGUUCAUCCAGAUGCCAUACAGACAGCUCUUCACGUUGUCCACAUCCAGACUAUUGCUAUGAGCAAAGCUGGUGUCCAGCCAUGGAAAGCUUAUCUCAGUGCUCAGGAUGACGUGGGUUGCCUCUUCCUAACAGAGCUCUUGCUUGAGGCGGCAGAUUCGGAGAUGCAGGUUUCUGUGAAGCAGAGUGAGGCAAAGCCAGAGGCACUGCAAACCUUUAUUUCAGCGUUAAGGACGGUCAUGGCAGCAGUUGCCGGACUAGGGUCCUGA